AUGUACAUCUGGAAACGACCGGAUACCGUUCCAUUUCCCACCGUUUGGCACAGAUUUAGCGGCCGCACUCCCGACACGAAUGACCUGGUCAACUAUGUAGUGCAAGAUAUACCAGAGAACCGAUUUGAUGACUGCAUCGAGCAUAUGUGUUCCUACUUAUUGCGUGAUGAACCAACAUGUCGUUGUUUUGCACUGGCCGAUGAUCCAAUCGCCAUUUGGCGGAAGGUGCUGGAGCGACGAUGUGCCGUUGUGUGUUUUCGUGAAGGUGAUGAUCGUGGCGAGAUCGUGGGAAUCAACAUGCUGAACGUCGUCUCGCGCGAUGACCCGAAAUCGGCCGGUCAAUAUCGUUCAGUUGGCCUGCAGAUUGUCUACGACUGCACCAUUCACAUGACGGAACGGGGGCAACUGUUCGAACGCUUUUCGGUGGACCAUUUUCUCUCCGCGUGGGGCUUGUCGGUGCAUCCGCGCUUCAGUGGGCUUGGGUUGGCAAAGGAAAUUCUGCGCGCUCGCAUUCCUUUCUGCCAAGCGAUGGGACUCAAACUGUCGGCGACUGUUUUCUCGCAUCCUGGAUCGCAGAUACCGGCGGCGAAGGCGGGCUUUCAGGAUGCCGUGGUGGAAAAGUUUACCGAUCUAGCCGAGAAAGGAUUCGUUAUGCCAGGUAUCAACGUGGAGUACAAUAAGCUAAUGGUGCUGAAAAUUAGUAAUGGUAACUGA